CGUUUCUGUUUCGAGGCGGAGAAAGGUUGAACUUGUAGGAUCGCACUGUAAGAGCACAUUUAUAACUCCUUACUAGAACACAACACAUGGAGCCUGGAGCGCUGCUGGUUUGUGUAGGACUUCUGUUUUUUAAUUCAGAAAGUGUCUCUUCUGCUGUCUGUGAUGUGAAUAUUGACCCCUCUAGAGUCGUGGUGAGAUUUGGAGACCCAGUGACUGUCAACUGCUCCACAACACGUGAAGAUGUAUUAGAGGCUGGCUGGGAGGCUUCUGUUUCCCCUGUGAAUGAACAAAAGAGUAAAAUAGCAGUUUGGAAUGUCAGCAGCCUCACUGUUUGGGAUGCAGAGCCAAAAUGCUUUAUAAACUACAUGAAUGAACCCCGUCAGUGUGUAGAAAAACUGGAUUUGGUUAUUUACAAGUAUCCAGAAAAUGUCUCCCUCAUUGCUCCUGAGUUUAUGAAGAUUGGUGUAGAAUCCACUAUAAUGUGCCAGGUCCUAGAUGUGGCUCCUGCCAGAUAUCUCAGUGUGAAGCUGUAUAAGGGAGAUGAACAGCUUGGGAAUAGAAGCUUUACUCAUGACUCAACACGGUUUCCUGUGAAUGAAAGCAUCCCCUUUCCAGUAACACCAACCAGAACAGACAAUGGAGUGGAGUACACUUGUGUGGCAGAGCUUCAAUUGGGACCCGGAGGACUGAAACCAAAUCCAGAAAAACGCUCUCCUCCCUUGAAAAUCCCAGUAGUUUACAAGCCCAGUCUAUUGAGCGCUGCUGAAGAAAAUGUUGAAGUUUGUGAAGGGGGCAGUAUAGUUUUAAACUGCUCUGCUGAUGGGAACCCAGCCCCCACGUAUGAGUGGAAAUACCCCAAAGCUGAUAAUGUACAGGAGAUAACGAAGGAUGGAGUGUCUACUGUAAACAUCACAAGAGCCUCGUCUAGCAAUGACAGGGUUUAUGAAUGCCAUGCUAAAAACACAUAUGGGGUCGCAAUGAAGAACAUCACUCUUACAGUCAAAGGAGGAAUCCCUUGGGUUAGGAUUAUUCUUAUUAUUAUUGGAGUUGUUCUUGCUCUUGCCAUAAUAGCAGGAGGAAUCAGAUUCUCCAGAAGAUGAAAAUCCGGAAGCGUUUUGUGAAGCUGAUCGAAAGAAUACUGCUUAGCUGUUCAUGAUAGUCAGCAGCCUCUUAUGCUACAAAUUCUUUGUGAAUCUUGACUCAAUGUUUUUUUUGUGCUCAGUCAUAUAUGGAGCUUGUUAUCAUAAUCCUAAAAGGACACAAGAAUAUCUACUGUACCAUUUGAAAUAGAUUAUGCUUUUAACGCUGUUUAACAGUGUGUCGAGCCAUGCCAUGAAAUCCUACCCACAGAACAACACUUAAAGUACAGCAAGAAGAGUCUCAUUCAUCCAUUGUCUUAACAUGAAAGAUGAUAAUAAUGGUUUCUAACUGUAAGCUGCAUUAAUGUACUGCAUGUUGUUUUGUUGACAAAUGUUCACUAAAUUGCCUAUUCUGGAA